UUAUCGUUUACAGUGAUGGCUUCUAAUAUUUUGUUUCAAUUAAGUUUGUUCAAUCGUUAGUAUUUAAAUAUUGAGGUAUUUUAAGUUUAAGUAUUGAUCAAUUUAGAAUUUAACUUCUUAAUUUAAUCACCUUUAAUUCAAAUUAUUUGUACAUUAUGAGUCGCCGUCGCUUUCACGAUAGCUAUGAGGAUUUAUACGGUGGAGAUCGAGCUCAUAAGAAACGUCGACGCGGAAAUUCAGAAAAUAAUGAUCUUGAAGAUAGACUAGAGAGUCUUAUUUUAAAAGUUGGAGAAAAGACAUCAAGUACAUUAGAAAGUAACUUGGAAGGAUUAGUUAGUGUAUUGGAUGGUAAUUUGCAAAAUUUCAAAAAGAAAGUUUUGAAGUUAUUAGUUGAUUGUGCUAUUAAUAUGCCUGAAAAAUGCACAAUUUAUUCAACAUUAGUUGGUUUAUUAAAUGCUAAAAACUAUAAUUUUGGUGGAGAGUUUGUAGAAAACAUUGUGCGCACUUUCAAAGAUUCACUUAAAAAUAAUUCGUGGAAUGAAGCUAGAGUCAUUUUGCGUUUUAUUGGUGAUUUGGUAAACUGUCAUGUUGUAUCUGCUAAUUCGUUUGUGCAACUUAUGGCUAGCUUAUUAGAUGUAACUAAAGAAGAUGGUGUUCCUAAUGUACGAAAAGAUUGGUAUUGUUAUGCUGUAAUGUCAUGUUUACCUUGGGUUGGUAGAGAAUUAUAUGAAAAGAGAGAAUCUCCCUUAGAAAUGUUAUUAACAACAAUUGAAGUGUAUUUAAAUAAACGACCAAAAAAACAUAUAAAUAUGUUGCGAAUUUGGUUAACAGAUAUUCCACAUCCACAAGAAGAAUACUUGGAAUGUCUUUGGAAUCAAAUAAAAAAAUUAAAACACGAUAGUUGGACAGAAACAAUAAUACCAAGGCCUUACUUAACUUUUGAUAAUGUUUUAUGUGAAGCUCUUCAGCAUAAUUUACCAGUGAUUACUCCACCUCCUCAUCAUAAUGCUUGUGUUUAUCCUAUGCCUUGGGUUGUGUGUAGAUUGUUUGAUUAUACUGAUGUGACUGAAGGUCAUAUAAUGCCUGGUGCACAUUCUAUUGAAAGAUUCCUUGUAGAAGAACAUUUACAACAAAUAAUUGAUAUGUCAAGCAAAAAUAGAAAAGAAUGUGCAACGAACUUGAUGAAUUUUGUUCAUAAAAAUAAAGUGCCACUGGAAUAUUGUAUAGUAGAAGUGAUCUUCAGCUUAAUGUUUCACCAACCAAAGCCUAAAUAUUUAGAAGUUAUGUUUGGAUCAGUUUUCAUUGAAUUAUCUAAACUUUCAACUAACACUAUGCCUCUUGUAUUAGCUCAAACAACUGAAAUAUUGUAUUCUCGUAUUGAAUCUAUGCAUGUUUGUGCAUUUGAUAGGUUUGUUUCGUGGUUUGCAUAUCAUUUAAGUAAUUUCAAAUUCAGUUGGUCUUGGCAAGAAUGGGCCGAUUGUUUAACUUUAGAUCCUGAACAUCCUAAACCUAAAUUUGUUCGUGAAGUUCUCCAAAAAGCUAUGCGUUUAUCUUUCUAUGAGCGAAUGCGGGAUAUAGUUCCUGUUGAUUUUGAACCACUAUUACCAGAAAAGCCUGACACCAAAUAUAAAUUUGCCAUUGAGAAGUCAAAGCUUCCUGGUCAAUUUUUGGCAAAUACUCUGCUGACAAAAAUACGAAAUAAAGCUACUCCUGAAGAAGUACUUGAGAUAUUAAAAGAACCACUAUUGUUAGACAAUGGAGAAAUAAUGGAGCCAGUAGACACUGGUCUUACUAACCCUAUAAAAAUUGAUGCUUAUGUACAAACUUUGUUAUAUAUUGCUAGCAAAUCAUUUUCACAUGCUUUUGCUGCUAUAACAAAAUUUAUUAGUGUUUUUAAGGCGUUAGGUGAAACUGAUGAUGGACAACUUCAAAUUUUACGAAGUACUUUUGAUUUAUGGAGUGCCAAUCAGCAAAUGUUGACUGUACUUAUUGAUAAGAUGUUAAAAACACAAAUUAUUGAGUGUUCAUCUGUUGCAAAUUGGAUUUUUUCAAGGGAAAUGGUUCCAGAAUUCACUAAACUAUACAUAUGGGAAAUAUUAUCAUUAACUAUAAAUAAGAUGUCAAGACAUGUUGAUCGAUUAACAAGAGAGUUAAAUGAAGCUAGAGAAAAGUUAAGGACUACUGCAGCUACCUCUAAUAGUUCAGAUGAUAGUGAUACUGAAACUGAAAAAACUGAUUCUAAACCUUCUCGUCAGUCAACUACUACAUUUGGAGGGCAAGUACCAAUGGAAGUAGAUGAAAAUGUUACUGAAGAAAUGGUUGAAAGAAUGGAAGAAAAACUAGAGAUGGCACAAGCAGAUCAAAAAAAUUUGUUUUUAAUUGUUUUUCAGAGAUUUAUUAUGAUACUGUCAGAACAUUUAGUAAAAUGUGAUACUGAUGAUAGACCAUUUGAUACAUAUUGGUAUAAGUAUACAAUUGGGCGACUUCAACAGGUGUUUUUAGCUCAUCAUGAACAAGUACAAAAAUAUAGUAGUACACUUGAAGGUCUUCUUUUCACUCAAGACUUAGACAUUCAUAUUCUUGAAGUAUUCCAUCAAUUUUUAGCUCUCCGUUCAUAAUUUUUUUAUUUAACAUCAUUGACUUAUUUAAAUUUUACUUUUAAUGUUGUUUCUUUAACUGUACAUUUAUUAUUAUUUUGACAUGUAAACAAUUUAAAAUUACAAUUAAAACUUGAAUAUUUUGUA